AUGGUUGAAGAUUCGAGGAACAGGAAGGGUUUGAAAGCAGCUCUCAGCGCUGCCGUCCUGUUGCUGGUGGUUGCGAGCGCAGCAUGGCUCCAUAGAAGAGAUGUCGGGGCCUCCACCUCUCUCUUGCUGAGCAGGGACUAUCCAGGAGGAGACUUGCUGUUCUCGUCAAGCGCGCAACCGACAGGCUCAUAUGGUCAGUUAGCCGAGCGGCUGCAGCAUAUCAGCCCUACACUCAAGUAUGCCAUCAUCCGACAUAUCUACCCGGAACAGGACGCCAAGGAUCUUGAGAGCUACUUCCGGCAGGGAGACAUGCAAGCAGAGAUCCCCAUGGUCCCCCAGCAAAGAGCGGAGGUUCCUCUAAAAGAGGUAGCUAUCCAGCAAGGAGCAGAGGUUCCUCUGAAAGAGGUAGCUAUCCCCGUCAAGGAGGUAGCGGUGCCAUUGGAAGAGGUUGAAAUGCCCGUGAGCAUGUACAAAGGAGAAAGGGCCUCGUUCCAGCAGCCACUCACAGAGGCUCCUCGUGCCAAGACAGUGAAUUACCUUCCUGCGGCUCGCGUCACCAACUUUCCUCAGCAGGGAGGAGUCAACCUUGACUUCGUGAUGCCCAAGGCAGCGCAGAGGCAGAGUGUCUUGAGGAGGUACGUCGUCGAGAGAGCCCCGCAGAGGAACGUCGAGGUCCACAUGCAGGAGGUGGCGCAGCCCCGGCUUCCUGUCCGAGAAAUCAUCAUCCGAGAGCACUCGAGGAAGAAGGACGACACUGAAAGGAAGCUCCGGGUGCUUCAGGGUGAGAUCAAUAACGAGCGAGUGGUGGAGCAAAUCCACUACAAGUCGCUGUAUGACUACAUCACGUCCAUCGUUAGGAGCAUCCGCGUCCUCUCUCGGCCGUCUCCUCCUCUCAUCCCUGUCUUCGAUCGCCGCCCCCUCGACGCUGCUAAGGGCAUCAUCCGCCGUGUCAGGAUCAUCCAGAGGGCUGAACCAUAUCCCUCCACCCCUCCACCCUCUCCUCCUCCUCUUCCUCCCCCUCCCCCUCCCCCUCCCCCUCCUGUCAACCCUCAACCUUACGAGCCUCCUCCUCCUCCGCCACUUCCCCCUCCUCCGCCCCCGCCCCCUCCUCCUCCACCACCACCUCCACCUCCUGCUCAAAUGGUUGAGCCCUCGAAGCCGGAUUUUACAGGAAGGUUCCCUGACCCGGUAGGCGAUUGA